UUGACCGCAGAGCUCGUUCCUAUAUAUACAUACCUAUAUACAAUAUAUACGGCGGUGCAACGUCGGGUCACGUGAUCAGCAGCGGCUCGUCCGAUUGGCUUCCAACAGCCGGUUUGAAUUUAAACGUUCGUCCAUCUCUCCUUUGCAGUUCGCAUAUAGGAUCGGCGGCCGUUGCUUUCUGUCUCUCUCACUCUUUCACUCGUCUCUGGAGGAAAAACGACGGAUUUUUUACUCGAGAUAAACAAGGGAGAAGUACAGUGUGUAGUGCGAGACAGAAAAGAGCCAAGACGAGUCGAGCCGCGUGCGAUUCUUCUCGUUGUCGUUGGAACGUGAUCUUCGUACACAGCAAGAAGGAAGCCGCCGCAGCAGCAACAUGUCGAAGGACGAGAAGGAGACGAUCAUCCCUGAUCCGAUCUACGACAAGAGCACCGGCAAGACCUACAUCAAGGGCCGGUUCUUCGGAAAGGGUGGUUUUGCAAAAUGCUACGAAAUCAGGGACUCACAGACUCACGAUAUCUAUGCUGGCAAGAUUGUGCCGAAAUCAUUAAUGACAAAAGGCAACCACCGUGAGAAGAUGACCCAAGAAAUUACCAUUCACAAAAGCUUAAACCACAGGCAUAUCGUUGGGUUCCAUGGAUUUUUUGACGACAGCUAUAAUGUUUAUAUUAUUUUGGAAUUGUGCAGGAAAAGAUCUAUGAUGGAACUACACAAGAGAAGAAAAGCUCUAACGGAAUAUGAGACUAGAUACUAUAUGAAGCAGAUCUUGGAUGGAGUUUACUAUUUGCAUCAAAAUAGGAUCAUUCAUAGAGAUUUGAAACUUGGAAAUGUGUUCCUCAAUGACGAAUUGAACGUAAAAAUCGGGGAUUUUGGAUUGGCGACAAAACUUGAACAUGAUGGGGAAAGAAAGAAGACACUUUGUGGAACACCAAACUACAUAGCACCUGAAAUCCUGACGAAAGUCGGUCACUCCUAUGAAGUAGAUAUCUGGAGUAUUGGCUGCAUUAUGUACACACUGUUAGUUGGAAAGCCGCCAUUUGAAACGUCCAGUCUGAAAGAAACUUAUCAAAGGAUCAAGCAAGUGAACUACAAAAUUCCCGAAGACUUGAAAAACACAUCCGCGAUGUACAUGAUUUCGAGUAUGCUGCAAGGAAAUCCUGCCAAACGACCAAGUGUCGGAAAAUUGCUUCGAGAUCCUUUCUUCACAUCUGGUUUCAUGCCUGCUAGCUUGCCAGCAUCUUGUCUCACUAUGGCACCACGUCUCGAUAUGCUUGAAUCUUUCAACCGCAAACCAUUAUCGGAAAUGAACAACAGUUUGAAAAUCGAAGAGGUCGGCAGGGUCCAACCUAGUCCAAGGAAAGUCAAACAAAUUAAUCCGAAUCAGACGCAAAGAGCCGAUCACGAUAUUGAUAACAUGCUUAAGAAUCUGGAAGAACAGUUGUCGAUUCUAUUAAAGGCUAAACCUGGCAGGGACAUGGCUUCUUCAGAAACCCAGAGACCUUUUCAACUUUUCCUGCACAACAAAGACGAGAUGACUGAUCCGGACGCCCAGCCAUUCGUAUGGGUCAGCAAGUGGGUGGACUAUUCAGACAAAUAUGGUUUUGGUUACCAACUAUCAGACGACGGUGUUGGCGUCAUGUACAACGAUGGUACACGUCUCAUAAUGCUCGCCAAUAACUUCAACAUCCACUACAUCGAUCGUAUGGGCGAGGAAGUGUACUACACUGUCAAGGACUAUCCGCGUAAUCUUGAGAAAAAGAUGAAGCUGCUCAACUUCUUCUUGCGUUACAUGAAUGACCAUCUGAUGAAGGCUGGCGGUGCCGUCGCUGUGAAGCAAAGUGACUCGUUGGCAAGACCGCCUUACAUGCACCAAUGGUUCAGGACACAGACGGCUGUUGUGAUGCUACUAACGAAUGGCUCAUUACAGAUCAACUUCCAAGACCAUACAAAGAUCAUACUAUGUCCACUGAUGUCCGCCGUUACUUACAUCGAUCAAGAAAAGAACUUUAGGACGUAUAGAUUCAAAACUAUUCAGGAGUUCGGUUGUUGCCCUGGACUCGCCAAAUGUCUUAGCUACGCACACAACAAAGUGAGCCUGUUGACUACAAAGGCGUUAUCCCGCAUGGUCGUCGGGAACUCGGAAAAGUAAUCAGAAUCCCGACUUGGACAACGGUAUUGGCGAUAAAACUUUGAAGUAGCUAUACGCACUCUUUAGAAAAAGGAAUUCCAGGGAAUAUGUCGAACCGCUUACUUAGCUACCUAAUGAGCUGUUAAGUUUGACACUUUUUUACAUAGGUCUAUCGAUCAUUUUUAGAGUAACUUUUCUUUUAAUUUUCUUUUAUAUAAGAGUGUUGAUAGAUAGAUGGAAGAGAAACGGAAAAAUGCAGCCUAUAGUUUUUUUUAUUAAAUAUAACGCCAGUAUUUUUUAAGAGCCAAGAAGUAGGUAAACAAUUUUCUUUAGCUACUUUUUUUAUAAGUGACAAUUUAGAAUUGUGAUACUGCACAGUUUCAUUUUACACGACAUUUUCUACCUGGUUUUUUUUUUCACCGCUUAUAGUGUGAAAACUUUUACAGUCAUUCUUGUAACACUGAAGUUACUUGAAAGAACCGAUAUCAUGCUUUUUAUUUGUAAACGUACUCUUAUAAAUAGCAGCUUUAAAAAUGGCAACCAAAAGAAAGAUAAUCCACAAAGUAAUUAUUUGGAGUUGUGCAAUGGGCGACUAAACUCAACUAAGUAUGAGAAUCCUCAUAUCUUGAAUAGAUGAAAGCUAGCGAGACUAAUGCUUUCAGAGUAUAAAAUAUCUGUUAAAAAAUGCGAAAUAGCCACAAACUCUUGAAUGUAAAUUAACGAACGGUCUCUUCAUUGUGGAUUACUUGGUUGCUUGACGAGAAAAACAACGGUAAAAAUAUAGUAUUAAUUUACAAGCACACAUUGCCAUUAAUUUUUUGGAUACUGAGCAAAAAAUGAUUGUUUUGAUUUAAAAAUAAAGGCAUAGCAUUUUAAACAUUACUCUUGACUACAUUUUGGCUGAUUAGAGUCGAACUGAGGGAAUAAUGCUAAUUACGAUCGUCAUCUUAUUUUGUACAUAUAUUUUUCCAUGUCAACAGUUUUUUACUACAAAAGUACGACCUUGAAAAUCUAUUAAAUUUUAAGGUUUAUAUGAGUAGGAUUAAUAAAAUUGCUUCAUUUGCGUUCAACAAAAUUCUCCUAGUGUAUUAUUACGAGCAGACGUUAAUUUCCGAGCAAAACGAGAUUCAUGUAAAGUUAAAUUUCAGUUAAGCGUUAAUUAUAUUUGUUACAUUACACAUAUUAUAUUAAUUUUUAUUCCGUAGCCUAUAUAACUUUAUUUAUAACUAAGAGUAUUUUGCAAUUCUUUUUAAUCCACUAUGAUUUGUGUAUGACGAAGUCUGUACAAUAAAUAUUAAAAACAAAUCUUCAUAAUUACACUAUUUCUGUCAAAUUAUUUGAGAAAAAACUGUAGCUUUAUGUAAUAAUCGGUCGCUAACUUAAUGCUUGAUGAAUGCUUCAUAAAUACUUUAUUCUCAAGCAACAUACAAUACAAUAAAAAACUGACGAAUGACA